AUGGCCUCAUCGCAGUCAAUCACCAAGCCCUUCCAGAAGAUCCUGGACCCUACCAAGAUCGGGACCUGGAAGGUCGUUCGUCGUCCGCCAAUUGAGAAUCACAGCGUGAUCCAGGGCAAGCCUCGCGAGCAGAACUCGAAUGCCUUCAAGACACAGCAAUUCAAGGAGGGAGUGCGGUUACGAAAGGCGCUGAACGCCCUCACCCACGGCAAGAAUAUCUUCGUCUACCACAACAUUCGCACCAACCAGGUGGUGUACUCACUGACACGGUAUCUGGAGAAAAACAAUGUCCUCCGCCAACUCAUCUACCACGGCAAGAAAACCAUCCCCGCAACCGUCCGAAAAGACAUGUGGGUGCCCUACUACUCGGUCCACUUCCACGACUCCAAGGUCGGUCUCCGCGCCUUCCACCUCCUCCGCGAAUUCUCCAUGCAGCGCCAACUGGCCCCUCCCCGCGACAUGAUCACAAUCAGCGAGCAGUACCUCGCGCAGAAGCGGCCCCGGGACCCCGAGGAAGCGAAGAAGUUCGACGAGAAGUACGCCGACAAGCUCGGCUGGCUGAUGGAGAAGAAGGACCGCGCCCGCGCCGUCAUGGACCAGAAGGCCACCAGCGUCGCCGACGUUGCCGCCGUCCUGGCCAUCCAGCAGGAAGAGAUCGCGAACGGCUUCGCGGACGGAAAGAGAGGGUUUCUCACCCGCACUGCGAGAAGACGCCGGCGCGAGGCCCGUGAGAAGGAGGCCGAGAAGGCCGCGGAACAGGCGGAUCGUGUGGCUGUUCUCGAGCAGACCCUGAGCACCCCCGAGGUCGACUACAAGAUCCAGGAACCCGAGGACAAGACCAAGGUGCUGGAGGACAAUGGUGUCAAGAUCCUCUGGACUGACAUCCACAACGCCUGCUUUGCGGAGGCCUGGCCCGAGCGCGUCUGGCACGGCGAGUUGGAUCUCAGCCGCGACCAUGUCAUGUCUGGCGAGAAGCCCAUUGGCGUUGAGAUCCUGGCCAACGAUGGCUUCAAGGAGAAGCAGGAGUAG